CAAAUUUAAAAGUUUAAAUCGAUUCUCAAAAUGAAGCAUUCAGAUCUGAAGGAUCGGUGUUUCAGUAUCGAUCCGCGCAUCCCCAGCCGAGGAAUAUCGUUCGAUCCAGGCCAAAGGUGUUUUAUAUAAUUAAGAGACCGGCGUUCCGCGUGCAGAUCCUCAUGGCGGCCGCGUGGCCGGUUCCCUGCCCCGUGCGUGGGGGCACUGUCAGAGACGGAGGCAUGGCCGCGCGUCUACACCAGCACACGCUGGACAGGAAUCUGCGCAAGAUGGAGAAGCUGCUCAAGAAAGGGGUGAACGUCGACUGUGUCAAUCACCUUGGCCAGACGGCCCUGUUCUGUGCGUCUCUCCUGGGUCUGACCGGAGCUACGGAGCUGCUCCUGCAGUACGGCGCCGACCCAAACCACCGCUGCGCAGACAUGAGCACCCCCGUGCAUGCAGCUGUGUUCUCCUGCAAUCCCUGGCUACUGGCAGGGCUGCUGGAUGCUGGAGGGGACCUGAGACUUCACGACGACGAGGGACGGCUCCCCCAGGAUUGGGCGGAGGCCGGCGCACAGGAGCACAGCCCCAGGAUGCUAAGCUUCCUGAGGAGCUGCGCGUCGCACAUGAACAGUCUUUUGCAGCCGGUCCAGCCCCAAGCCCUUCAGCCAACGGGCUGCCACUCCUGCAAGUCUCUCCUGCGCUCCCCCUCCUUCCUGAACCUCCUAAGACCCAGCGGUUCAGACCUCCACCCUAGCUCCAAGGCGACCGCCUCCGACGCUGUCCAGUGUUACGGCUUCGGGAAGUUGUGGUUGGACCGGCCGCGGAAGCUUCUGGGCCUGCUGGCCUGCAUUCCUCUGAUCUCCGACAGCGACCUUGGGCAAGCGGAGGAUGAACCUUCUCUCUCAUACUCCUGCGGUUCAUUCAUAAAUAUGAUGAAUUCCAGCUGGAAGGGCUGCCGCGUGACGGUGAAGGAGCUGCAGACUCGCCCGGCGUCGAAGUACGUCGGCCAAGAUGGCUACCAGGACCUUCUGAUCGCUGAGCAGGCGCACUGCUGCCGGCUGUCCCACCCGCACCUUCUGCAGCUGCUGGCCGUCAGUAAGUCUGCUGAGCUGCUUGGCGUCCGUCUGGUGUUCGAGAGGGUGCACGUGGGGUCCCUCCACAGCCUCCUGCACCACAGGAGGGCCGAAGUUCCUGUGCUCCAGACGGGGGUGCUGCUCAGCAUGGUGCUGCACGUUUGCGAGGCCCUGCUGUACCUGCAUGGUCGGGGGCUGGUCCUGAGAGCCCUGUCUUCCCACAGCGUACAGAUCGUCCACCCCACGGUGGCCAAAGUCACUGGACUUGGCUUCAUGGUGCCCAGCGAGGAGGGGCGUGGCUCUCAUGGGGCCACACACCCGCCCCUCCCCCCCGAGCUGUACAACUGGGCCGCUCCGGAGGUCAUCAGGUUGAGGGCCUGCACCGACAAGGCCGACCUGUACAGCGCCUGUGCCCUCAUUCAGGAGCUCUACACAGAUGCGGUGCCUUGGGGUCCCGUGGACCCCUCCUGGAUCCAGCAGGCGGUGGAUUCCGGCGGCGCCCUGCCGGUCCACUCCGCUGUGCCUCAGCCCUAUUACAGGCUGGUUAGCACCUGCCUGCAGGCCCAGGCACAGGAUCGAACCAACAGCCUGCAAGACCUCCGUUACCUUCUCUGCCGUGACAUCCGGGCGCCGUCCCGGAACUCGUGGAGGGGGAGUGGCCCGUGUCCGGAGCCGGCAGGCCUGAGUUUGCCAGGCUGGGGACUGGAGUUUGCAGAGGACUGGCCUCACCCCCCCACAGCGAGCAAUGAAUCGGAGCAGGAGCUGCAGACGGGGCUGGCCGACAUCUUGCUGGACAGAGAGAUGCAAAACCCGCUUUGGCGGCUGGACCAUCUCCUGGACAGGGAGGGGGGGGGAGUUAAGAACCAGUUGCCUAGGAUGGACCUGGGGGGAGAGACAGCAGAGGGGCAGCACGUCUCCUUCCGUCACCCGGAUCCGGGCGUCCUGGAGGAGGCCGGCUCAGUGGACGACUCGGCGAAGAGGGAGCAGAUCUCCAGGCACAUGGGGGCCAUCGUGCUGAACCUCAAGGUGUCCCAGGUGCUGAUGCAGCAGUCUGAGGCCAGUCUCCUGGCCGUGGAGAUGCGUGAGGGAGGUGGGACUUCCGGCGGCUCGCAGGACGAGUGCGGGUUCGACGAGGUGGACGGCCCGUGCCCAGACCAGGUCGCCAGAGGUGGGGGUGUUUUUGGUAGGGCUGUGGGGCCCCCCCUCUAUUAUCACCCGCCACUUGGUGAUGUCUUGGGAGAGGACGAGUGGGACCACAAGGCACAGUACCCUAGCUGUGGGAAUGAGGAGCCCACGUGUUACUUUUCGGCGGAGGAGGACGUGUAUGCUGAAGAACUUCAGGUGAGCGCAAACACGGGAGGAGGUCAGAGAGGAGGAGGUGGUCCGCAGCGAGCUGGGACACGGGGACGUGAGGACAGGAAGUCUGCAUCUCCCGGAGCGACGGAUUUGAGGAGGCCCAGGGGGUCCGGCGGCCAAGCCGAGUGGAAGACUGAGGUCUCGGCGGCGGUGGCCCGGAUGACCCGGGGUCGCUUGGUCGGUCCCAGGAGCAGCGAGAGCAGGGGGUCAGAGGAUCUCCUAUGGAGUCACAACCCCCACAGACCUGGGACAGAGGACAGCUGUGACAGCAGUGACCCGGAGACCCUCCUCAAGAGCUUUGCAGGCCUCCAGAGUGAGAGUGAGGAGGAGCCAGACCUCCUCGCUGUCACCAGAAUGUUCCAGGCCCCAAUACUGCAUGCUGCACAGGAGGAGUCUUCAUCCGAGUCAGAGAGCAUUGGAUCCCCAGUAGAGUCCUUCAGUGUGUUCCUCACCCCAAACCCAAGGCACUCGCAGUCGCCCAGCUUGGAGCAGGACCUGGAGGUCACAGUGGGGGUUUGUCAGCCUGGAGCGGGAGGAGCGGCGCAGGAGGCCAGGCUCAGAGGACGAAGAUUUGCAGUGGAGGAGUCAGCAGAAGCGAGGCCUUACCCAGCCAGCCCUAGUUCUUUUCCAGCUGCCGGCGACUGUCUCUCAGACUUGGCUGAGCUGUCCAGCAUCACAUGCUCACCUGGGCAGCAGCAGGAGCAGGCAGCACAGGCCCUGGGGUCCCCUGCCGUCAGCCGACGCCCCUCGCUGUGCUACAGCACCCCCCGCAGCCCAGUGCAAAGCCCUAGAUCCAGGGAGGCAGGCAGCCGUGUUGAGCCACCUCCACACCUGGAGAGGCCACUUAACGCCACCUGCUGCACCGGCUCCCCCACCAUGGACACCUUCGCUACUGCCAGCACUUCCACAGUGGCUGGUGAUAUUCCCAGCAUGCAGCAGUCCCCCCCACAGAUUGACACCAGCUCAUCCCAUGUGGGUGAGAGUGGGACCACAUGGGUGUCAGGAAGCCAAGAUAAGCAUGAGCCUGGGACAGACCCUGAGCAUGAUGACCAAGUGAAGGCGGGCGAUCCGGAAAGGUCUCCCUCCAGUGAUUCCCCCUCGCCCAGCUUGAGCUCCACCCCCGAGAAUGUGCUGUACACUUCGGUGGAACUUGCUGAAGGUGCGACAUGUCAUAGGUAUCUCUUAGCAGAAAAUUCACCCUUUUCUGGCAUGUUGGUGACAAAAUUAAUCAGGAUCCCCAACCCUGCCUGGCGAAAUUAA